AGGAUUUAGACAAGGAAAUCAAUUGUUCAUUCAUUUCAUUGUUUAUUUUUGAUAGGAAUUUCAAGUAAUAUUAAUCGACCGUCAAUAUUUAUGUUCCUCAGCCGGAAAGUGAUUACAUUGAUGAUUAGGUAUAAUUACAAUUUAGAUUUUCGUGAAUCAAUGUACUACAUGGGGUUUCCAUAGUGAUGAUGUGAUUUCUUUAAUAAAUUAUCUCUCAGCAGAUCUCGGUAGUUCCCAUACUGGCUGACCUACAUAAAGUUGCCCUACCAAACCUGUAUUAAUUUUUUUCUUAAAUCCAUUGCCAUUGUAUUAAAAAUAAGUAGGUGUGGAUCAAUUAGGAUCUUAAAUAUAAUAGGAGAUUCUGACCAAUAGAAAGCUACAGAAAUAAAAAUUAAAGAGAUUAUUUUUUGAUGAUUUUAACUUCCGAUCGUAUACGCUCUGAGCUUCGCUGGUGUCGCUCCUGGCGGAUUACUAAUUCAACUUUCACCGACAGAUAUAUUCAAGAUGGCUGCAGCUGCAAUGAAUAGAACCUAUCUCGAAAUACUCCGAGAAAUCUUUCCUCGAACAAAUGAACACAUGAUACAGAAUAUCAUUGAAAUUGUUGAACGUGAAAACCCUAAUGAUGUGUUUGAGGGAAAAAUAGAAAAUAUGAUAAAUCUACUAUCUGGAGACGGAGCCGCUGGACCUAUGCCAAACGUAGACAAUGUGUCAAAUAGUUUAUUUUCAAAUUUGACUUCUAUUUUUCCUGAUGUUGAUGAAGAUUAUUUACAUGAGUAUGUGGCUUAUAAACCACCGUUUUAUGAUAUAGAAGAUGCAAUUGGUGAAUUAUCAAUGCGUGACUUGCCAACAAAGAAUCCUGAUCCUACAAUUAUUACCGAACAGCUUAAAGCAGCUCUACCAAAUGCGGAUCCCAGUUACUUACACAAUGAAGCUUGUAGGCUCGCAAAGUUGCCUCUGCAUCAAGAAGCUUUAGACGAGUUUUUAGGAACAGCUAUUAGAGAUCACAACUACCCUACAAUGCAGGAUUAUCUAAAGAAUAAAAAACACAAAGAAGAAGUGGCAACUUACAAGGACAAUUUCAAUUUACAGAAGUUUUUACAAACUUUUCCGGACCCUAUUGAGACAUUCACUGGCAAAAAUAGACUUUCAGGUUUAGAUGACAACUCUACAGACUCCGACGAAAAAUAUGCUCUAAAUUUUUUAUAUAAUAGUUAUACGCGUAUUAGGAGAAAAUACAUCGAUUUAGUUUUUAAAUAUGAGAAGAAAGAUUUAGUUGCUGUGUGUAACAGAUUAGAUAAGUUGCAUAAUAGUCUGCUGAGGCCGAGACCAGCUGAGAAUGAGGCCGAGGAUUCUACCAAUGUUACAUUGCUCCAAAUGAUAUCGUUCUUAAAAUACCGCAAACAAAUAGAAAGAGAGCUAAAGUUAAAAAAUGAGGCAUAUCGUCAUGCCAAAGAAGAAGCUAGAAAGUUUAACCUCUUUGAAACCUGCCAGUGUUGCUUUGACGAUGAACUGAUCCCGGAAGAAAUUUACUUUUGUAUGAGAGGUUGUUCGUUCUGCAAGGACUGCGUUAAAAAAGGCGUGGAAGUUGGCGUUGGCAAAGGUGAUACAAGGUUUCUCUGUAUGGCCGAUUGUGACUCUGAAUUUAGUUUACAAACACUGCAGAUGGUUCUACCUAACAAAUUAUUUGAACGACUUGCUCAAAAAAUUGCCUCUGAAGAAAUAAGAAAAGCCAACGUCGAUGGUCUAGAAGUUUGCCCAUUUUGUGAUUUCGCCACAAUAUUACCAGAUGAGGACAAAAUUUUUAAAUGUGAAAACCCUGAAUGCCUCAAAGAGUCUUGCAGACAGUGCAAACAUGAAUCGCAUGUGCCUAAAAGGUGUAACGAAAUAGAAUAUGACGAAGAUGUGAGGAGAAGAACGUAUAUUGAAAAUAAGAUGACGGAAGCUUUGACCAGAACCUGUGUUAAUUGCAAAAAGUCAUUUGUAAAAUCCAAUGGAUGUAACAAAAUGACAUGCGUGUGUGGCGCAAAAAUGUGUUAUUUAUGUGGAGAAGCAGUUAAUGAUUAUUCACAUUUUCGAGAGGGAGGAAGAUGCCCCUUGUUUACCAAUGACGUACAGAUCAAUUUACAAAGAGUCAUAAAAGGAGCCCAACAGGCCAAGAGUGACUUGGGUGAUGUCGAGAUUAAAUUUGAUCCAGCUCUCAACAUACAGGAAUUCUUUUUCUAAAGACUGAUGAACGUUCAAAGACGAGUGCCAAAUUUAUACUGCAUGAUAUACUGUAUUGUAUUAUAAGUUGUUAGUUUUUAAGAUAAUAUUUCGUGAUUAUUAAAUGGCUGUUGAUUGUG